AUGCUAGACUACACCCCGAACCCCCUAUUUGCAUACUCUGAUGAGAUCGGGCGAAAAAUCCGCGCUUCGUCUACUUGGGGCUAUAUGUUCUGGUCUACCGGGGUCGCUGAGCAGGACGAGGUGCUGAUGGGAGCUAUCAAGAAUUUCUCGGACCAUGGCAUCAAGAUCAUCACCGACGAUCCAUGCUAUACUGGACACACGGGUCCCAUAGCUUUCGUCUACCCUGAUUCCCACCAUGUCGAUCCCUCAUGCCCCGUCACAAGCAGUAUGACAUAUUCGGAGCUCCAUCUACGCGUUCAGCUGCAGGAUGCUCUUUAUCCGGUGUUCUCCAAGGCUAAGCGGGCACUACCUGUGGAGCUACCUGGGACCGAGAAUGACAUCCGGUCGUUAGUGCUAGGUGACAUCCAGCUGUCAAUCGCUUGCGGCGCGACCCUGGUCAGCACAUCCUCCCACCUGCUCGACACUGCCCGGCACAUACUCGAGGUCCUUCGGAUGAACGCCAGCGCCGCAACGGAUCAUGGCAACGCGCCGCGGCGGAAUCCACUCCGCCGGGCAAAGAGGGUACAUGUUGCUGCGGCCGCUAAAGACCUCGCUCCCGUCCAACCAAAGGUCAUGCGAGCUAGGGGCAAGCGAAGCCGGGGGGGAGGGUACCGCGAGAGGUCUGUCGCUCGCUCUGACUCGGACGAGAGCAAAAGGGCGGCAUCCUCUCGAGGGGGGAGCCCACCUGGAGACGGCAACAGGGUCCUUGAGCCCGAAGAGGAUCUCGAGAUGGAGGAUCUGGUGCUUGCAGAGAUGAGAUGGGAACUCGCUGCCUUGGGGCCACUCAUUGUGGCAGGUGCGGAGGCGGAGGAGGUUGAUGGUAUGCCUGACCGAGACGUCCCCGAUGUUGUCAUGGGUGAGAGGGAAGAGGUGGAGGUGGAGGAGGAAGAGUGGGAAGAUGAUUGGGAAGAUGUCGAUGAGGGAGCUGAACUUCUUGUCGGGCAUCAAGCGGAUGUGGCGGGCCCGGGACCUGCUGAGCAUGUGGCCGAGGCGGGAGACGUCGAGAUGUACGACGACUUUGAUGGGCCGACAGCUGACGCAGUCCUACAGGACGAAUACGACAUUGAUCCUUUGCCCCUCUACGAGAGAGGAGGUUGGGCUCCCGAGGUCGCCGCAGAAUCCCAGGGAGGCGCCAAUGACGGGGUCAUCCCAGACGCCAUCGUCGACGCGCGAGGAGGCGACGGACUAGAGGAGGCCGAAGUUCCUGUCGAUGACGCCCCUGGAGCCAACGCCGAAAUUCCUGGCGUGGAACACGUAGAAGCUCCUGUCGAAGGGCAGUUUGAAGAUGCCGACGAAGGACAGUUCGACGAUGCAGACGAGGAUCGUCCCGAAAACCUGACAGACGCCGCUCGUGAUUCUUGCCAGUGA